CUUUCUCUCCCUGCAGGCUGACAGAGCCCAUGUCAAACUGUGUUGCUCCCUCUUUACACCAACAUCUUCAUCACCAUUUUCACCAUCCGAGCCAUUUCUCCUUACUGUCAGCCAAUAGUUUACGAACUCGAGAAUUGCUCUUGCCUCGUCUUUUAGGAAUGGGUGCGCCAUUAUCGCAGGGGAGCAACUUGGACAAUCAUAUGUCAGGAAUUACACGAGGGGCUAGCCAGGCAGUUAUUGACCAGAACACCUUGCCACAUAAAUAUACGAAAGUAAAGCGCAGUGUUGAGGAAGAAAACGAAAAAUGUAUUAUAUGUCUUUGUGAAUUUGAACAUGGAGAAGAUAUACGCCGUCUGCCCUGUAUGCAUCUGUUCCAUAUAAGUUGUGUUGACCAGUGGUUAGUUACAAACACUAAAUGUCCAAUAUGUCGGGUUGACAUUGAGGCCGGUUCCAAGUCCCAACCCAUGUCCGACUGUUGAGUUGUGCUUUCAAAUUUCUCUGAUCUGUUUUAAUAAUAAUAAUAAUAAUAAUAACAAUGACAAUAAUAAUAAUAACCACAGGCAAUAUAAUAAAAAGAAUAAAAAAUACAAAUUUAGUUGAAAUAAAAACUGGAAAAAGAAAACAAAAGGUAAAAAAACAAACUAUUUAACCUCCCCCUGCCCCUUGGAGGUUUUGAUUGCACCUGUACUUUAGUUUUUACCCUCCCCCCUUUGCCCCAGUCUCUUCCAUGCUACAGCAGUUUAUGAUGAUGAUGAUGAUGGCAGUAACAACAGUAUAGGAUGGUGCCUUGCAAGGAUAACCAAAAAGACAAAAAAAAAAUGGCUGGACACAGAGACAGAUCAGUAAAAUGUUACACUUUAAUCUUGCUUCUGCUGUUAUGGCUCCAACAACACCCCAUUACGGGAUGCGGCAGACAGACCUCCUCUGGUUCAAAUCGUUUGUCAAGAACGGUGAAUCUAGGGGGUUGCUUUGCCGCAUCCUGUAGAAUUAAUUAAUACAAGUUACAGAUUUAUUAAUUAGCGAAUGUUUACAAAACAAAACCGGAAAAAAAAAAAAAAAGAAAAAGAAACAAAUUAUCAAAUUAAAAGCUUGCUACACCCACUGUUGUACUACUACUACUACUGUUACA